AUGAAGGCCAUUUUCUUAUUUUUGGCAAUUACGUUUGCAAACCCUGUUUUACAAAGACCCUUCCACAUUUUACAAGAUGAUAAUCCUAUCAAAUUACCUCAUGAAUUGCCAUUCCACGAUAUUGAUAUCGACCCACUAGAUCGCAAACCGUCGAUGUGUCCCGACCAAUCUCUGAGGAAAAUCGGUCAUGAUUAUGCAAUCAGUUCAGAUUUGCAACUGUGUAACAAUUUGACAUUACAUCAAAUAUUUCAUAAAUUCCCAAACGCUACUGCGGCAGACGCAGCGGUGACUCUGACUCUAUGUAUUGGUAUGGUUAACUUCUUUAAUUCAGGGAUCGGUGGUGGUGGUUAUAUCACAUGGGCCGACACUAAACAUGAUGACUAUAUGUCGAUGGAUUUUAGAGAAAUAUCACCUAAUGCAACAAAUCCAGAUUCCUUUGUUGAAGAUUAUCAAACAAAGAUAGGUGGUUUGUCAAUAGCUGUUCCCGGGGAAUUAAAGGGAUUAUAUGAAUUUUUUAAAUUGAAAGGUAGUGGUACCGUCAGUUGGCAUGAUUUGUUAGACCCUGUGGUGGACUUAGGUAAUAAAGGUUGGAUUAUUGAUGAAGCUUUAGCGGCCACUCUAAAAUUAUAUGAACCGAUUUUUAUAUGUGAGGGUAUCAAACAGGAUUGGUCAUUUGUUCUUAAUGAAAAUGGUACAGAGGUCUUACAGAAGGGUGAGCGUAUUGUGAGGCCCCGUUUGGCUAAUAUGCUGAAUGUCUUAGCAACAAAUGGUUCAGUAGAUCCCUUUUAUGACCCAGAACAUUGGAUUGUGAAAUCCAUGGUGAGCACAAUUAAAAGAUAUGGUGGUAUAGUGACCGCCGAUGAUUUUAGUCAAUAUACAGUUGAGAUUAUGAAUCCCAUUAUUCAGAAAAUAAGACAGGGAUACCAAUAUAGUCCCAAUAAUGAUAUAACUGUGUUGACUAGUGAUGGUACUAGUAGUGGUCUGGCUCUAAUGGCAGCUUUAAAACUAAUGGAUAAAUUUCCAAAUGUGCAAGGUGGUGAUUAUCAGGAUGACACUACAUAUGUUUUGAUUGAGGCAAUGAAAUGGUUAGCUAGUGCAAGAAGUCACCUGGGGGAUACGGGAAAUAUUAAUUACACAAGUGCGCAUGAUUUAUUAUUAUCGUCUAACUGGACUCAAAAUGCAUAUGAUAAGAUCUUAGAAGGUAUUCAUUUGAAUGACUCGACAGGAGAAACAUACUACAAGACAAAUAAUGAUUGGAAAUUCUAUGAGCCUUUGUAUGAAAUUAAUGAACCUCAUGGGACUACACAUAUGAGUAUUGUUGACAAGUUUGGCAAUGCAGUAGCAUUAACAUCUACUAUAAAUUUAUUAUUUGGUUCUUUAGUUCAUGAUCCAUUAACCGGUGUAAUAUUCAACAACGAAAUGGAUGAUUUUGCACAAUUGAACAGGACUAAUACUUUUAAUUUAACUGCCUCCCAAUUCAAUUUAAUUCAACCAAACAAGAGACCAUUGUCAUCGAUGACUCCAACAAUUAUAUUAAAUGAAUUAGGUCAAAUUGAUUUCGUUGUCGGUGCGUCAGGUGGAUCGAGAAUAGCUACAUCUGUGUUUCAAUCUAUUGUGAGAACAUACUGGUACAACAUGCCUCUAUUAGAGACCAUUGCAUAUCCACGUAUGCAUCAUCAAUUAUUGCCAAACGAAAUAGAGACAGAAGAUAUCUCCAUGGUAGGCCAUGAAACCAUCGAUAGUUUGAAACAGAUGGGUUAUAAUGUCGUCCAACAUGCACCAAAGAGUGUUAUCAACGCCAUUAAAAGAGUCAAUGGUGAAUGGCACGCUGUGAGCGACUACUGGCGUAAACGUGGUAUUUCAGCCAUUAUCUGA